AUGGCCUCGGUAUACAAGACACUGUCCGGCGCGGACAAGGAGGAGAAGGAUGUCGGAGUCAAGAGAAACAAGCAGCGCGUCCUCAUUCUGAGUUCAAGAGGUGUAACAUUCCGGCACCGCCAUUUACUCCAGGAUUUGUACUCUUUAAUGCCCCAUAGCCGAAAAGAGGCCAAGCUUGAUACCAAAACGAAGCUCUACCAGCUCAAUGAACUAGCAGAACUCUACAACUGCAACAAUGUCCUCUUCUUCGAGGCGCGCAAAGGAAAGGAUCUUUACUGCUGGAUGUCCAAGCCUCCCAAUGGCCCCACCGUCAAGAUGCAUCUCCAAAACUUGCAUACCAUGGAAGAGCUCAACUUCAUUGGCAACUGCCUCAAGGGAUCCCGGCCAAUUCUUUCUUUUGACGCCGCGUUCGACAAGCAGGCCCAUUUGCGUGUCAUCAAGGAACUCUUUACCCAAAUUUUCGGUGUUCCCAAGACCAGCAGGAAAGUAAAGCCUUUUGUUGACCACGUCAUGGGUUUCACCGUCACAGACGGCAAGAUCUGGGUCCGCGUUUUCCAGAUUAAUGAGAGCGAGCCAGGCAAGAAGAAGAAUGCAGACGGUGAAGAGAUGGAAGUCGAUGAGCCUGCGCCCAAGAAGAAGGGAGGAAAGGGAGAACUCGAUGUCAGCCUUGUGGAGAUUGGCCCACGCUUCGUGCUCACACCCAUUGUCAUCCAGGAAUCGAGUUUUGGAGGCCCCAUCAUCUACGAGAACAAGGAGUUCGUGUCGCCCAACCAGAUCCGCUCCGACUUGAGGAAGUCCAAGGCCGGCAGGUUCAACAAGCGGACAGAGGCGCAGAGGGAUGCUCUGCUCAAGCACCAGGAGCUGGGACUGACAUCGCACGGUGGUCGCAAAAAAGAGAAGGAUCCGCUCAGCGACAAUGUUCUAUUCGCAUAA